AAUUAUUGUGCUAUUAUAGGUAAUUUAUAUUUUCUUAAAUUUUAUAUUAUAAAUUAUGUUAUUUUUAAUAUAUAUAUUAUCAUCUAUAGGUUAUACUUGUAAACUGUAAAAAAAAAACUAAAACAUAUAAUAUAAGAUACUAUAGACGGAUUAAGUUAAAUGUUUGUAUUCUUAUAAGCUCUUACCGCUGUAGUUCAUUAGAGUAUAAGCACUAUAAGCUAAUUACUUCAUUGUGAUUUGUGAUUAUUAAUUAGUGAAUAACUCUUAAAAUCGUUAUUUAAAUGUUUUUAUCAAGGAAAUCAUAGUCAGUACUAUUUGAUAAUUAAAUAAAGAUUGAGAAUCUUCUGCGGCCUUGAUUAACUCAUGUAUUUCUCUCGUUGAGUAGUCGCGUGGAGACAAAUACAUAUAUACAGUCAUAUAGAUCACUUUAGCGUAUAGCUGUUUCAGUUCACGCAUCAAUGGAAGUCCUCGAAGAAAACCGUAAAGUUUUGUUGCGCACUAAUGACCGUUUGACUAGUAUAAAAUCUAUUGCUGUAGAAACUGAAGAAAUUGGCUCUGCAAUCGUUCAAGAAUUAGGAGAACAAAGACAUACACUAAGUGGUACCCGAAAUCGAUUAGAAGACAUUGACAGUUCCAGACAAUCUUCUCACCGCUAUGUCUCUGCUAUUAACAGACAUGUUUUCCAGGACAAACUUAUGCUUAUACUUAUUAUUAUAGUUGAAGCUUGCUCUUUAAUUGGACUUGUCUACAUAAAAUUUAUAAAAAAUUAAUUUUGUCAAAACAAAGUAUAAUUUAUUACAUCUUAUUCUAUACAAAAUCAUACCAUUUUAAAUAUAAUGUUUUUAUAUUGUUA